GGUGAGGAGGUUUUUACUGUGAAAAAGUCCCAGAGAAUCCGAGAUACCGCGGGGGACAACGCCUAUAAAGAUUAAAAAACCAGAGCUGUAUUUAUCGCUCUCUCUCUCUCUUGUCUUCUUCCCUUGCAACAUCUUCGAAACCCUAGAGAAAACCCUAACCCUAGCCGAAUCUAUGGAGGCGAAGAUCGGCAGAUUCUUCGACUCCGUCGGAUCCUUCUUCUCCGGCGGCGACAGCAUCCCCUGGUGCGAUCGCGAUGUCAUCGCCGGUUGUGAGAAAGAGGUUGCUGAGGCUGCGAGUGAAGAACAGAAGAAUGAAAGCCUUAUGAGGUUAUCAUGGGCUCUUGUUCAUUCCAGACAAUCAGAUGAUGUGAACCGUGGAUUAGGCAUGCUAGAAGCUUCAUUGGGCAAUUCUAGCAGCCCACUGCAGAUGAGAGAGAAGUUGUACUUAUUAGCUGUUGGAUAUUAUAGAAAUGGCGACUACCCAAGAAGUCGACAAGUUUUAGAGCGGUGUUUAGAGAUUGCACCUGAUUGGAGGCAGGCUAUCUCAUUGAAAAAGGCAGUGGAAGAUAAGAUUGCUAAAGAUGGUCUGAUCGGCAUAGGGAUAGCCACUACUGCUGUUGGGCUUCUGGUGGGUGGAAUUGCUGCUGCUGUCGCCCGAAAGAAAUAAAAGCUUUUUUUCUUUUCUCCCUGAACUUAUUCAAUGAAUAUUCGAAUACUUUUUCUUCCUGUAAUGUAAGCUGUUUCAGUGGUGUCUUUGGAAAUUUGACAAAUCUAAACGUUGUAAGUUACUCUUAUCGUUUACCUAUUAACGUGAAGAAGUGGAUCUUUUUUUUCUUUU